AAUGGAUGUUGGGAUAAAUGUUUGUGUGUUUGUGCUUUGAGGUCACAGGUGUCGGUGGUGGUGUACUAAUGUCAGUGGCGUUGUCUUUUUCGCCUUCUUAAAGCCUUUCCCUUUCUCUCUUAUUCAUUUCCAGCUAGCUAAACACAUACCCACAUAGCCAUAAUCACUCUCACAAACAAAAAGUUUCAAACUUUCUUUCUGGGUAUAGAGAGAGAGAGAGAGAGAGAGAGUUCUCCGUUGCUUAUGUCUUUCUCUUCCACUGAUUUUCAUUUCUUGUUGGGAAUUUGCUGAACUGUGGGGUGGCUUUGUUUUUUCAAUUUGGGAGCUAUCAAGUUUGGAAAUUUGUUUUGUUUGGCUUCAUUGCUUGAGAAUUCAUGCGGGUUUGUUCAGAUUUUGAGUGAUCUGUCUGUUUUCAGUGACAACUGGUGGAAAAAUUGUUUUUUUUUGCUAUCGAAAAGUGUAGAAAGCUUCCGAGUAAUGAGUGUGGCUUGAACUAACAUUUAAUCCCUUGUUGACUUCCGAGAAGAGUUAAGUAGAGGGCCCUAUGGAGUCAGAAGGGGAAGUUGGGGCAAAGCCAGUGACAGCAUUGGGUGGCCAAGUGUGCCAGAUCUGUGGUGAUAGUGUUGGGAAGACUUUGGAUGGUGAACCAUUCAUUGCAUGCGAUGUUUGUGCUUUCCCUGUGUGCAGGCCUUGCUAUGAGUAUGAAAGGAAGGAUGGGAAUCAGUCUUGCCCACAGUGCAAAACCCGGUACAAGAGACACAAAGGAAGUCCUGCAAUUCUUGGAGAUGGUGAAGAGGAUGGUGCUGCUGCUGAUGGUGCCAGUGACUUCAAUUAUGAUUCAGAAAAUCACAACCAAAAGCAGAAGAUUUCAGAGCGCAUGUUGAGCUGGCAAUUGACAUAUGCACGAGCAGAGGAGGUCGGCGCACCAAAUUAUGACAAGGAAGUUUCUCACAACCACAUUCCUCUGCUGACCAGUGGACAUGAGGUCUCUGGAGAGUUGUCUGCAGCCUCACCUGAGAGGCUCUCUAUGGCAUCUCCUGCAGUUGGUGGUGGAAAGCGUGUCCAUAAUCUCCCAUAUUCAUCUGAUGUUAAUCAAUCUCCAAACAUUAGGGCUGGGGAUCCAGGAUUGGGCAAUGUAGCAUGGAAAGAACGAGUUGAUGGCUGGAAAAUGAAGCAAGAAAAGAAUGUUGUUCCAAUGAGCACUGGCCAAGCUGCUUCAGAAAGAGGAGCUGGAGAUAUUGAUGCUAGUACUGAUGUGCUUGUGGAUGAUUCCUUGUUGAAUGAUGAAGCUCGACAACCUCUUUCCAGGAAGGUUUCUAUACCAUCAUCCAGGAUAAAUCCAUAUCGUAUGGUCAUUAUUUUGCGGCUGGUUAUCCUCUGCGUUUUCUUGCAUUAUCGAAUAACAAAUCCUGUGCCCAAUGCAUAUGCAUUGUGGUUGGUAUCAGUUAUAUGUGAGAUUUGGUUUGCUAUAUCUUGGAUAUUGGAUCAAUUCCCUAAGUGGCUUCCUGUAAACCGCGAAACAUAUCUUGACAGGCUUGCACUGAGAUAUGACAGGGAAGGAGAACCAUCACAGCUAGCAGCUGUUGACAUUUUUGUCAGUACUGUUGACCCAUUGAAGGAGCCCCCACUUGUGACUGCCAAUACUGUACUAUCUAUUCUUGCAGUUGACUACCCAGUGGAUAAGGUCUCCUGCUAUGUGUCUGAUGAUGGUGCUGCUAUGUUGACAUUUGAAGCACUUGCUGAGACUUCUGAAUUUGCAAGGAAAUGGGUUCCUUUUUGCAAGAAAUAUACUAUUGAACCCCGUGCACCAGAGUGGUACUUUGCACAGAAGAUUGACUACUUGAAAGAUAAGGUUCAUCCAUCAUUUGUCAAGGAUCGUAGAGCAAUGAAGAGAGAAUAUGAAGAAUUUAAAGUUCGUGUUAAUGGACUUGUUGCAAAGGCUCAGAAAGUUCCUGAAGAAGGAUGGGUGAUGCAAGAUGGUACUCCAUGGCCUGGAAAUAACACCAGAGACCAUCCAGGAAUGAUUCAGGUUUUCUUGGGCCAAAGUGGAGGACUUGACUCUGAGGGUAAUGAACUUCCACGUUUAGUCUAUGUUUCUCGUGAAAAGCGUCCAGGUUUCCAACAUCACAAAAAAGCUGGUGCGAUGAAUGCACUUGUUCGAGUAUCUGCAGUCCUAACCAAUGGACCUUUCUUAUUGAAUCUCGAUUGUGAUCACUACAUAAACAACAGCAAGGCCUUGAGGGAAGCUAUGUGUUUUAUGAUGGAUCCCAACCUUGGUAAACAUGUCUGCUAUGUCCAGUUUCCGCAGAGGUUUGAUGGUAUUGAUAGGAAUGAUAGAUAUGCCAACCGUAAUACUGUUUUCUUUGAUAUAAACUUGAGAGGUUUGGAUGGCAUUCAAGGUCCUGUUUAUGUGGGUACUGGAUGUGUCUUCAAUAGGACAGCUUUGUAUGGUUAUGAACCUCCUGUUAAACCCAAACAUAAAAAGCCUGGGUUGUUAUCAUCUCUCUGUGGUGGAAAUCGGAAGAAGGGUGCAAAAUCUAGUAAGAAAGGAUCAGACAAGAAAAAGUCUAGCAAGCAUGUUGACCCAACUGUGCCUAUCUUCAGUCUAGAGGAUAUAGAAGAAGGAGUAGAAGGUACUGGAUUUGAUGAUGAGAAAUCACUACUCAUGUCACAAAUGAGCCUUGAGAAAAGGUUUGGUCAGUCUGCUGUUUUUGUUGCCUCUACACUAAUGGAAAAUGGUGGUGUUCCUCAGUCUGCUACUCCAGAAACUCUUCUUAAGGAGGCUAUUCAUGUUAUCAGCUGUGGUUAUGAGGAUAAAACAGAAUGGGGAACUGAGAUAGGAUGGAUUUAUGGUUCCGUCACAGAAGAUAUUCUUACAGGAUUUAAGAUGCAUGCCCGUGGUUGGCGGUCAAUAUACUGCAUGCCUAAGCGCCCAGCAUUUAAAGGUUCUGCUCCUAUCAAUCUUUCGGAUCGUCUAAACCAAGUACUUCGAUGGGCUUUAGGUUCUGUGGAAAUUCUUCUAAGUCGACACUGUCCCAUCUGGUAUGGUUAUGGUGGAAGGCUAAAGUGGCUUGAAAGGUUUGCAUAUGUGAACACCACAAUCUAUCCGGUCACUGCCAUUCCCCUUCUCAUGUACUGUACCUUACCUGCUGUCUGUCUUCUGACCAACAAGUUCAUUAUUCCGCAGAUCAGUAACAUUGCAAGCAUAUGGUUUAUCUCUCUCUUUCUUUCCAUCUUUGCGACUGGAAUCCUGGAGAUGAGGUGGAGUGGUGUUGGCAUUGAUGAAUGGUGGAGGAAUGAACAGUUUUGGGUUAUUGGCGGUGUCUCAUCACAUCUCUUUGCUGUGUUCCAAGGCUUACUCAAAGUGCUUGCUGGAAUUGACACCAACUUCACUGUGACUUCCAAGGCAUCAGAUGAAGAUGGAGACUUUGCAGAACUCUACAUGUUCAAAUGGACAACCCUUCUCAUUCCCCCCACAACCCUUCUCAUAAUAAACUUGGUUGGGGUUGUCGCUGGCAUUUCCUAUGCCAUUAACAGUGGUUACCAAUCAUGGGGUCCCCUCUUUGGUAAGCUUUUCUUUGCAUUUUGGGUUAUCAUCCAUUUAUACCCUUUCCUCAAAGGUCUCAUGGGACGCCAGAAUAGAACACCAACCAUUGUGGUGGUUUGGUCCAUUCUCCUUGCAUCCAUUUUCUCUCUCUUAUGGGUCAGAAUUGAUCCCUUCACCACAAGAGUGACUGGUCCUGAUGUUGAGGAGUGUGGCAUUAACUGCUAGACCAAAAACAAGUAUAUUGUGUUUUGGCUUGUAAUUAUAGUUAUUGUAGCUUUUGUAUUUGUUUGUUAUGUGUCAAUUGUGUGCAGUUUAUAGCAAUACAUGAGAAAACAAAGUAGAACUAAACUGUGACAUUGUUUUAUUUGUAAUACUAACGUGUCUUCCAGUUUUCUGGAGUAGCUAUGUAUUAUAAGCUAUUUGGAGGAUCACAUUUUGUAUAUAUCAGUGUUUUUUGUGAUUUAGUUGGUAACUUUUUGCGUCUACAUACACUUUGGUAUAUGUUUGAGUUUUGACACAAUUUUGAUCAUGUUAGUACUAAUUCUGGAAAUUUUUUUUUUUCCUAAAU